ACAAGAUGAAUAAUCUGUUACAACAAAGAUAAUAAACUUGUUUAUCUAUUUUUAUAUCUUUAGAAUUUAGAUAAUAAAAUUAAAAAUAUGCAUAGUCUAUAUAAAUCUGUUAACUGUUUACAUACUCGCAUUAUAUAAAAAUUGUUAAUUUAAGUAACUGUGGUAAAGAUCAAAGAAGAUCACUAAGGUCUAUGAAGAAGAUAUACUCUGAAGAAUUUGUACUUUUACAUUACUGCUAAUUAAUAUACCUACAUAAUAUGUCCAAUGUUUUAAAUAUAAAUUAUUGUGAAAAAUCAUCAGUUUUCACUGUUCUGUAUUUGUCAUUUUUAUUAAAGUUUUAAUACGAUUACUGUAUUAGAGAAUGCAAUGAGUAAAGAAAAAUUUUCAGAUAGUAUAUCUGUACUUUUAGAACUUCUAGAGGUAUCAAUUCAUUGUAUACUUUAUGCAAGAAAAGUAUAUCCUGAAGGUAUUUUUGAACUAAAGAAGAAGUACAGUGUGCCUGUGCAUGUUUCUAUUUAUCCAGAAUUGAAUUCUUACAUAAAUGGUACACUCAAUGCUGUUAAAAGUCUAUUAAAAUUAAAAAAAUUGUGCAAGUUGGAUGUAUGCUUUUAUAACAAAAUUGGAGUUAUAGUUGAACGUUGUGUAUUUAAUAUUCAUAAUGUUGAACUUGAAUUGAAUUUAUCAGAUUUUUCGAAUAUAAGAGAUCCGUAUUUAAUCAAGUUAGAACAAAUGUUGAGAGCUUUCUGUUUAAAACUAACAGUUUGUGAUUCUUUCUUAAAACCUUUACCUCCAAAUUGCACAUUUCAGAUUCACAUUCAUACUACUGAAACAAACUCUAUUGAAAUUCAAAAGGAUACAGAAGAAUUUCCAUUAAUACCUUGUGAAAAAAGUGAUACAGUUUUAACGUCACCUGCAAUAGUACCAUUACGUAGUAUUGACUGUGAACAUUUAAAUUUAGAAAUCUAUGCUGAAGAAGGAAAUAAAGAUGAAGACCCAGAUUUGUUUACACCAAGUCCGUUAAUUUAAAUACCCUCACUAUCAAUGUUAAGUAUGGCAUUAGCAAUAUGUUUUUCAUGUAUCAACUUUUACUAACAAACUUUAUUAUAACUGUAAGAUUAUUAUAGAGACCAUACUGAUCUAACUAUGUUAAAUUUCACAAUUUAUUUAGCAAUAUAUUUUGUAUGUAUUGGUAAA